AGAUAAAACCUGAAAAUUUACAAUUUAUCCAAGCUGAUAUAUUAAAUGGAUUACCAUAUCCUGAUGACGAAUUCGAUUUUGUACAUCAAGAAACAAUGAUUCUUGCAUAUACACCUGAUCAAUGGAAUUUUGUGAUUUCUGAACUUGUCAGGUAAAUAAUCGUUAAAUGUUUUUCUCAAAUAAUAAAUUAAUAAAUGAAAGAAUUCUUUUUUCUAUGCAAUAGGGUAACGAAACCUGGUGGAUGGAUUGAAUUAGUUGAGCCAUACUCAUUUGCCAUAGGGGCAGGUCCCUUAUUUGUUGAAUUUUAUACAUCAGGUUAUACUCUAUAUUCUGUGUAUAUAUAUAUAUUUAUAUAUUUAAAGGAAGCCAAUCUCUCUAACGUUCACGCCUUAUAUUUUUUUAGCGUGUGAAACAUUCUUAUCAAAAGGUAUAGAUGUAAAAAUUAUUCAACAACUUGAAUCAAUGUUAGAAUCAAAUUUAAAUCUUUCUAAUGUAAGAAAAGACGAAAAAACAUUUAUAUUAGGUUCAAAUGGUGAUAAAAUUGGUGAAGCAUAUUUAGAUUAUAUAUUUAAAGAUAGUGCUAAUUCUGAAAUUAUUAUUAGAAGUAUUAGUCAUUAUAUGGGAAUUAGUAAUGAAAAAUAUUUAAAAGUGAUCGACAAUCUUAUUGAAGAAUUAGACAAUUCUCAUAUGGAGUUUAUGAUUUAUCGUAUUUAUGCUCAGAAAAAUGAUGAGAAUAAUGUCGAGGUGGAAAAUGAGGAUGAGAACGAGGGGGAGAAUGAGGAGAGGGUUAAUGAGGAGGAGAAUGAAAGUUAUAAUGAAGAGGAGAACGGAAAGGUGAAUGAAAUAGACAUUGAGAAGAAGAAUGAAAAAGACAAUGAAAGGGAAAAUGAGGAGUGGUACAGUGCGGAAGAAAAUGAAGGUUAUGAUGAAGAGGAGAAUGAGAAGGACAUUGAGAAGAAGAGUGAUGAGGAAAAUGAAAGGGAGGAUGAUGAGGAGGAGGACAAUGAGGAGGAGAAUGAAGGUUAUAAUAAGGAGAAUGGAAUGGAUAAUGAGAAGAGGAAUGAUGAGAACAAUGAAAGGGAGAAUGAGGAGAGGAACGAUGAGGAGGAGAAUGAAAAUUGUAAUGAGGAGGAGAACGGGAAGGAGAAUGAAAAGGACAUUGAGAAGAAUGAAAAAAACAAUGAAAGGGAGAAUGAGGAGGAUAGUGAGUAUGUGAGUGAAAAAACUUUAUAAUAUUUACUUACUUUGCGUUCUUUUUUUUGUUAUUACCUGUACUUUCUUAAUUUAUAGUAAACGUAAUAAAAUUAUUAAUUUAAUAAUUUCUAUUUCUCUUUUUAUUAAUGUCUAAAUUG